ACACAUUCUUUUACUGAUCAUAAAAGUUUUUUUAUUUUUAAGCUCAAAUGGGGAUUUGCAAUUCCUGUGAAUCUACCCAUGUAGCUACUGCGAAGCUCAUUCUACUUGAUGGGAGGCUCCAAGAAUUCUCCAACCCUGUUAAAGUUUCUUAUGUUCUCCAAAAGAAUCCCACUUAUUUCAUCUGCAACGCAGAUGAAAUGGACUUUGACGACGUCGUUUCCGCCAUUAAUGACGAUGAAGAGCUCCAACCUGGGCAGCUUUAUUUCGCUUUGCCUUUGAGUCGGUUAAAACACCCUUUGCAGCCGGAAGAAAUGGCUGCAUUGGCUGUCAAAGCUAGCUCAGCUUUAAUGAAAAGUAAUAAUAAUGGUUCUGAUAAAUGUGGGUGCCGCCGGAAAUCAGUGUCGCCGUUUGUAUUUUCCGGUGAAAGUGAUGGGAAAUCUACUAGGAGCAUGACAGCCUCCGCCGCAACAGGCAUAGGAGGCGGUAGUGGUAGGGGGUUGAGGGGAGGUGGUGGGAGGAGGAAGUUUACGGCAAUGUUAAGUGCAAUACCUGAGUAGGGGUAGUUUAGGAAAUGAAAGAGGGGUAUGAGUGUAAAUAUUGUAAAGAUGAGGGGAUCAUUCUGAACUGUCCUCUUUCUCUCUCGUAGGAUUUGCUCUCGGUGAUGUGAUUAGUCGGUUUGAUGCAUUACUUUUGGCUGUCACCCGUUGAAGGGUUGUAUUACAAUUUUACCCCUAGAUGAGUUGAUGAGCUAAUGAGAUUUAUAUAUAAAUAAUUACAAUGAUUAUUUUUU